CACCCUCUCACCUGAUUCACGCCAACUGGCUUACACGACCAAAGAUGAACCGAAUAUCUACAUAUGCAACGUUCCACCCAACAUCCUCGCUAGCGCCGGGCUUGCCGGAGAGGCACAGCCUAGUGUACGCAUACACCCGCAUAGAUUCAUUAUUUAUGCGCUAAAGUCUCUUACAGACCAGUAAACCUAAACGUCCACACCUCGCUAAUAUGCUCAAUGUACGUUGUCCAGCUCUUCUACUCACAACGCCACACCAUUCUUUAUUACAGUCCGACGCAACACGUCGCCGUCAACCAGUGAUAUUGCCUGUUAUAUCUGCCAUCCACCGCCCGCCAACACCUCUGCCGGCAAGGAACACAGGUUUUCCCCGCUUUCUGCGCAAACUGCUUCCCUCCUCCCAUACAGACGCAGUUAGUCCUAUUCGGAACAAUCAGCCUCGUAACCCUUUGGACUUCCCUGCUACAGCGCCCUUACCUCGUUCACAUAUAAAUCCCCACGAGAACUCCCGACCCCCACCAGUACCACCCACUGCCCAAUCCUUGUGGCCCAUUCGGAAAGGUCAGACAUCACCGGCCAUCGUCGAAGUUCCUCUCGCACAGGGUAAAGAGCGGAACGCUGCAGCAGAUGCUCCCGCUAAAGAUGAUGAAUGGAUUCGUGAUGAAGACUAUGUUUCUUCCCCUACUUCACCGAAUCCCGAUGCGCAACGGCUAUCCACAUCGGCAGGGCAGACCACAUCCGGAGAACAUGAAAGCAGCCGGGUGUGUUUCUGCUUUUAGAUUGGUUUUGCGAACGGUACUAUGAUGAGCCCAUCGUGGACGAUUAUAUCCCCUUGCUAACUACGCGUUGUUACAAUUCCUGCUGUGCAAAGUGUAUUUUACAGACAGAAGGGCAUGUCAAGUACAAAAGACUGGAUG